UGCUUGCCGCGUGCGAUACGCAGCAAACACGUGAACGGUCUUCGCUUCGAAUCAGAUUAAAAUAUAAAGUGAAAAUUGGCUGAAGUGAGUGAAAGCGGGGAAAAAAAUAUAUUUGAGUAAUAAAUCCUUUAAGGAAACAAUAAAAAUGUCAAAGGAUAAUCUCGUUUCGAUGGAGCAAACGCGCAACGAUAAUCCGCCACUCGCUGGCUUCAUCAACACUGCGUGCCUAGAUGCUUGUGAGCAAAUUGAGAUGCAGGAUGUUGUAGGAAUGCCUGGUAGUGGUAACGUCAAUGGCCUGGAUAACAACAGCUACAACAGUGCCGCGAAUGGACACAGAGGCAGCAGCGUAAGCGGCGACAGUGGUGCUGGUGCCAGUCCUGGUGGUAUAAACGGUGCCGGUAGUCGUCUUGCUAUCACCGAUAUUUCCACCACACCGCCACGUACGGAUUCGACGCGCAACAGUUCGGAACGUAGUCUGCCAUUGCGCAGCUAUAGCAAGUGGUCACCCACCGAGCAAGGCGCUACCUUGGUAUGGCGUGAUCUGUGCGUCUAUACGACAGGCGAUCCGAAUGGGACGAGUGGUGGUGGCAGCUUGCACAAAAUGAAGCGCAUCAUUAACAAUUCGACGGGUGCAGUGCAGCCGGGCAAUCUGAUGGCGUUAAUGGGCUCCAGUGGCUCGGGUAAAACAACACUGAUGUCUACUCUCGCUUUCCGGCAACCAGCCGGCACCAUUGUUCAGGGUGAUAUUCUGAUAAAUGGCCGUCGCAUUGGUCCAUUUAUGCAUCGCAUAAGCGGAUAUGUGUACCAAGAUGAUUUAUUCAUUGGCACUUUAACAGUACUGGAACACUUGACAUUCAUGGCACAUCUUCGCUUAGAUCGCCGUGUUAGUCAUCGCGAACGGAAGGCCAUCAUAAAUGAUCUAUUAGAGCGCACCGGUUUGCUAUCAGCUGCGCACACGCGUAUCGGCUCUGGCGAUGACAAAAAGAUGUGUUCGGGUGGUGAACGUAAACGGCUCGCAUUCGCCGUUGAAUUACUCAACGAUCCGGUCAUUUUAUUCUGUGACGAACCCACGACCGGACUAGAUUCGUUUAGCGCGCAACAAUUGGUGCAAACACUCUACGAGUUGGCCAAGAAAGGCACCACCAUACUAUGCACCAUUCAUCAGCCAUCCAGUCAACUCUUCGAUAUGUUCAAUAAUGUUUUGCUGCUGGCGGAUGGGCGUGUCGCUUUUACCGGUUCACCACAUAAUGCGCUCAACUUUUUCGCCGAAAAUGGCUAUCACUGUCCGGAGGCUUAUAAUCCGGCUGACUUCUUGAUUGGCGUACUGGCCACAGAUCCCGGCUACGAGCAGGCUUCACAGCGUUCGGCGCAACAUUUAUGCGAUAUGUUUGCGGUCAGUGGUGCCGCCAAACAGCGUGAUAUGUUGGUUAAUCUGGAGAUUCAUAUGGCGCAGACGGGUGACUACCCAUUCGAUUCGGAGAUAGAUUCGUUUCGUUCGCCAGCAUGGUAUAAGAAAUUCCAUGUGAUUUGGUAUCGCGCUUCGCUCUCAAUGCUGCGUGAUCCGACAGUGCAGCGCAUGCGAUUCUUCCAAAAAAUGGCCAUGGCUAUUAUAAUUGGCGCUUGUUUUGCUGGCACUACAUCGCUCUCGCAAUUGGGUGUGCAAGCGGUACAAGGUGCACUAUUUGUAAUGAUUUCCGAGAACACCUAUCAUCCCAUGUAUUCGGUGUUGAAUGUAUUCCCGCAAGGGUUCCCGCUAUUCUUGCGCGAAACUCGCUCUGGCAUGUAUUCGACGGCACAGUAUUAUGUGGCCAAUAUAUUGGCGAUGUUGCCUGGCAUGAUCAUUGAACCAUUACUUUUCGUUAUAAUCUGUUAUUGGAUAACUGGCUUGCGGCCAACAUUUUUUGCAUUCAGCAUAACGGCUAUCUCUAUCGUUUUGGUUAUGAAUGUGGCUACUGCCUGCGGUUGCUUCUUUUCCACAGCAUUCAAUUCUGUGCCAUUGGCUAUGGCAUAUUUGGUACCUGUUGAUUACAUUUUCAUGAUUACAUCUGGAAUUUUCAUUAAAAUUAGCACUUUGCCUAUGGCCUUUUACUGGACACAAUUCCUGUCGUGGAUGUUAUAUGCGAAUGAAGCAAUGACGAUUGCCCAGUGGUCUGGUGUUCAAAAUAUAACCUGCUUCGAGGAGAGUGAGGACUUGCCCUGUUUUCACACUGGACAGGAUGUGCUGGACAAAUACAGCUUUAAUGAAUCGAAUCUGUACAGGAAUUUGCUUGCGAUUUUGGCUAUUUACUUUUCCUUUCACAUCCUGGGCUAUUACUGUUUGUGGCGGCGCGCAAAAAAGAUUUAAUAUAGCGCGUGGAUGUUGAAGUAGGUUCAUCGGAUCGACAAUUAUAUGCAAAAGUACUCGCUUAUGAAUUUAACCUUUAUCUUAUUAGUAAUUCUGUAAUAUUUUUUUUAUAUUCGCACACUUUUUUUUUUUUGAGAACUGCCACUUAUUUAAAUGAGAUUUAUUAGCAUUCAAGCUGUACUUUAUUUUAUAGCUACAGCUCUUCUUACAAUUAUAUUUAGAUAUACGUAUUUGUAUUUAAAUAAUAUGCGCCAGAUAAUACGUAUUGGC